AUGAUAAAUGUGUCUCGUGAAGUGAAGUCUACGAAAUCUGAUGGCAAAGAUUCAAAUAGAACAGUUGAAUGAAGGCAUUGUGUUUGGUGUUUAAAGCUAAAAGAUGCACACAAAAGGGAUAAGUAUUUCAAUAACUAAUUCGCUGCUAAUCCAAGUUGAUAUAAACAAAAAAGUUGGUCUGAAUUUAAACUCCAAUAAAUAAAACACAAACAUUUUUUUCAUAUAGCGCGUCUUUUGUUGACCCAAAUUGAAGGUGUGAAUGUGAAGCAUGUGCCGGCUCGAAAGGAUAACAAAGGCUAUUGGCAUAAAGUUUUAUGUGUAAUGUGACAAAUACCAAAUGGAAAUAACUCAAAUGGAAAUGACACAAAAGUUCAAAAAUAAUUAGGAAUCAUUAAAGUACAGAAGAACUGCAAGCUCAACAAAUUUUACACCACCCGCAUCAACAUCUCCUAAUUUACAUAUACGCCUACGUGCGCACAAAGAUAUAAUCAUUGCAGUCGUUAAUAUCGCCACCAUUUGUACCAUCAGCACCAUUGACCCGGUCGCUUCCGCCACCGCCGCUGCCACCACGACUACAGCAAUGCGUCGUUCCUCGUUUACGCCCGUCUUCAGUUUGAGCACCCAAGAGCCGCUCAUCGUAGUCGAAGAAACAAACCCCGCCGAUGAUGGCGAAGAGACGGAGGGUGCAGCCGGUGGUGUUGAUACCGCAGCUGCUACACGCAAGUCCACCAGCGACGAUUCUGAUCCCGAUUCGCCCGUCAAUCCCUAUUUGUUAUGCCCAUUUCCGGACAUGCAACAGCGACGCAAGCAUUCAUUGCCAUCGCUACAGAUCACCGAGGGUAUAACCGCCAGUCAGGUAAGGCGAUUGUCGGAGGUGGGUGGUGAAAAUGGUGGACUUAGUCCCAAAGAGGUGGAAUUUCUGGCAACAUUAUCACAGAAAGCAAAUCCCGCUGCGGGUGGCCGAAGACAUUCGGUAGUCACAAUUUCAGCUGUACCACCGACGCUGUUUGGACGCAAUCGACGGGAAUCACUAACAGGCAUGCCACUCAGCAGUGGCAGUCGACGUGGCAGUAUUAUUCAAGGACCACCACUUACCGACCAUCGAGGCAGUAUACACAACUUGCAACUAGACAUCAUGGAUGGCAUUGUACAGACCCGCAAGCGAGCCGGCAGUGGCGUAUGGACAGCACCAGUUCUGCAAGAAACCGAGAAUAACGUGCCGGUGCAAACAUAAAUCAUAACAACGUCCCCCUAUACCACCAAUCGGCCCACGACCAUCAUACUUAAAACCAGCAACAGCAUCGUCAUUAACGGCGACAGCAGCAGCAACAAUAAGAGCAGUAAUAAAGAUGAAAAGAAUGAUAGUCAAAUUAGCACCAACAAAAUAAAAAAAAAAAUCGACAGCAAUAUUAGCAAACGGAGUGCGGGCAGUUUGGAUACGGCAAUAGCUGAAACAUCAACAGCAUCAACAACGACAACGGCAACUGGUAACAGACCAUCAACAUCGUGGCAUAGCAAUUUAGUUUCACGUUUCGGCGCAUUGCUCUGUUGGCAAUCGCUGGACUGCUGAAGAGUCAAGAGGAUGUGCAUAGCAACUUCAGUGACGGGAACGGAACUGAGAUCGCAUUGUGGUGAGGAAAGUAGCGCUAAAUGUGGUCGGUCAUAAGUCAACUGACCACCACCGACAGCAACAGGAAAUGUCAACAGUGCACAGCGAGGGUCAACAAUACGAAGUGGCUCAAUUUGGUGGCCAAAUACGAAAACAAUCAUAAACUUUUCCGCUUUUGCGUAUUGCACGGUACAAGGAAUUGCCACAAAGGUGAGUAACAGAGCCAUCGAUUUACCAGCAUCGCAAGUAUGCGUUCAAUGUCAAUAGCAUUGACGUUGCAAAUGUAUGAAAAUUGCCAAAGUUCAACCGAAGGGGGACGUUGGAGAGAAAAAACAAAACUUCGAUUAUUUUCUAUUUUCUGGCUUUGUUUUAUUUGAAAAGCAAACAAUGGUGGAGCAGAAUGCAUUGUACGGGUGAUGGCUUCCCAGGUAGAAAGUAAGUGGAUGUACAUGGAGCGCAUUCGAGGAGGAUAAUAAUAAAAUACGAAACUACAUCUGUUAAAAGUCGGAAGGAAACUACAAAUAAUAUGAGUCAUCGAUGGGAUUAAAUGCAAGAACAACAACAAAAACAUCUGAAACAAGCAAUUAUGCUCUAAUCUCUCUCUAAUAACCGCGACGCAAAUAUUAGCGAAAACUUAAGUCAUUAAUCAACAAUGAGAGAGAAAUGGGAAGGACACUCAUACCAACAUACACUCGCAAUCAAACCAGAAAAAUAAAUAUUAUUUUCAUGAGAUAAUAAAAAGGACGUAUUUAAUUAUUAUUAAAUCAGGAAUUGAUAAAUUAGUGAAUCUAUAUUUAAAAUAUGUGUAGAUGUGCUUUUUUGAAUGACACACACAUAUAUGUAAAUGCACAUUCAUAUACAAGCCGUGAAUAUACGGAAAUAUAUGAGAAGGGAAAUGCGCUUUGCGGAAAAUAUAUAAGAACGAAAGUAGGGGGACUAUAAGGGUACUAAGAUAACAUAUGUGUUUAUUUAGAAAUUUAUUCCAAACGUAUUUUGAUUGGCAUUAAAGAGUUUUUAGUAUUAUGAAACUUGAACAACUCUACUAAAAUAAUAUGAAAAUAUGUCUAAAAAUGUUUAGAUUUUAAUAAAGCAAUACACAGCAAUAAUGAGUAAUUGAAUGUAAUAUAAUA